AUGGCGGACGUUGAAUCAAUGAGUGUCAUUAAAGAUUUUGGACGAUUCCAGAAGAUCCAAUUUUUUUUAUUCUGUCUUGGAAUCUUUCCGCAUCCAUUUUUCAGUAUUGGAAACACAUUUUACAGUGCAUCCGUUGAGCAUUACUGCCGUGUGACUGAUAACCAAACAUAUUAUAUAAACUCACAGCUGAAGAAUUGUACUAUACCUCGUCACUAUGUAAAUGGUAGGUUGGAAUGGGAUUCUUGUAGAAUGUAUGCUACAGAUUUCAGAAAUAAAAGUGUACCACCAAACAAUAAUGGGUUAUCACAUACAUGCCAACCAUCCAACGGUACACAUAUGUGUGAUCGAGGCUGGGUUUACGAUAGACAAUACCUGCACAGCACUGUUGUCACAGAGUUUGAUUUGGUUUGUAAAAAUGAUUAUAUGAAACAACUAUCAAAGUCUCUAAGCGCUCUCGGAGAACUUAUUGGUAGCCUAUUAUUUGGGCAGUUUGCUGACGUGUACGGCAGGAAACCAGCAGUGCAUAUUGCAAGCACCUGUUCCCUUAUAUUCGGAAUUGCGACAGCUUUUGUCCCGUCAUUCUCAACGUUUCUUAUAGGAACAUUUUUAUCAGCAAUGUCAGCGUCAGCAUUUUAUUUAGUAUUGUAUGUUCUAGCGAUGGAAGCUACACCAUCAUCACGAAGACCAUUCGUUGCCACAGGAUGUUCACUGUCUUAUGGUGCAGGGUUUCUGGAAGAAUCAGUAAGAUGGCUUUUGCAGGGUGGUGAACAUAAAAAAGUGAAAUGUAUUUUAAAUAGAGCUGCUAUGAUGAAUGGGGAGACAAUAAACGAAGACUUGGAUGAUUUUGCUUUCGAGGGUUCAGCAGCAGAGAAACAGCCUGAACGCAAGUCAAUAUUUACACUUUUCAAGACACCUGUUAUCCGAAAAAGAAUUAUAAAUAUAUCAUUUUGUUGGUUUGCAAUUGGAUUAAUGUAUUUUGGAAUAUCUGUUAACUCCAACUUGUUUGCCAAGAAUCCCUACAUUAUUUUCGUGUUAACUGCUGCAGUUGAAAUUCCCGCUGCACUUCUGAACUGUUGGCUACUUAACAAUUAUCAACGACGGUUAACACAAAGUAUAUCAUUAAUACUGUCUGGAUCAGUUCUGCUGAUUGGUGGUAUCUCUGGUAUUGAUGGAUUGCUAUUCGUAUCAGUAGUGCUUGCUAAGUUCUUCAUAAAAAUCAGUAUUGGUACAGUUUAUAUUUAUACGUCAGAGCUUUUCCCAACCCCGGUCAGGAAUGCUGCUGUUGGGGUUGGACAUGUAUUCAAUUUUCUUGGUGAUAUUAUUGCACCAUUUCUCUUGCUGUUAGACUAUGUGUGGUACCUUGCUCCAAUCGCAUCAUUGAGUGUCCCAUGUAUUAUAUCCGGACUGUUCAUCCUUCUUCUCCCUGAUACAAUGAACAAACCAGCGCCCGAUACUAUCGAAGAAGUAGAAAAUUUCCAGAAGUAA